GCGCGCCCGCUCUGCAGAACCACAGGCAGGUGUGCAGGCGCCGCAGAGCCGUUAGCGCGCGCCUUCCGUGCGGCCUGUCCGUGGGAGCGUCCCCGCUCCUACCCGGGCCCCACCAACCCGACCCGACCCGACCCGCAGCCAGUCCCGUUCCCAGGCGUCGAGCGAGCCUGCUUGAGCACCGCAGCCAUGUCUAUGGGCCUGGAGAUCACCGGCACGUCGCUGGCCGUGCUGGGCUGGCUGGGCACGAUCGUGUGCUGCGCGCUGCCCAUGUGGCGCGUGUCGUCCUUCAUCGGCAGCAGCAUCAUCACGGCGCAGAUCACCUGGGAGGGCCUGUGGAUGAACUGCGUGGUGCAGAGCACGGGCCAGAUGCAGUGCAAGAUGUACGACUCGCUGCUGGCCCUGCCGCAGGACCUGCAGGCGGCCCGCGCGCUCCUGGUCGUCGCCAUCCUGCUGGCCGCCUUCGGACUGCUCGUGGCGCUCGUGGGCGCCCAGUGCACCAACUGCGUGCAGGACGACACGGCCAAGGCUAAGAUCACCAUCGUGGCGGGCGUGCUCUUCUUGCUGGCCGCCCUGCUCACCCUGGUGCCCGUGUCCUGGUCGGCCAACACCAUCGUCCGAGACUUCUACAACCCCUUGGUGCCCGACGCGCAGAAGCGCGAGCUAGGCGCGGGGCUCUACGUGGGCUGGGCGGCCGCCGCGCUGCAGCUGAUGGGGGGCGCGCUGCUCUGCUGCUCCUGCCCGCCGCGGGACAAGUACUCGGCCGCCAAGAUCCACUAUUCGGUGCCACGCUCCGCCGCGCCACACACGGCCCCCAGCACUUCCUAUGACCGCAAGGACUACGUGUGAGGGGCAGAGCCACACCGGGAGCCCCCUUCCAUCUCCUGUGUCAGAGCGGGACGCCCCGCUCUGGUCCCAACCCUUCCCCACCACGCCUGGCACCUCUCGGACCAGACCUGGAGUUCUCUGUUUCCCUCCACGCAGCCUGGGAGCAGAAUCGGGGAGUCCAGGGGCACACCCGCUCGGACAAAGGAGCCUCAAAAGGCUUUGGGAAUCGCUGCCCUGUGGUGGCCACCUCUACUUGUCCACGCCCUCGGUGCCGCAGGCCCCCAAAUCCUGCGCUGGGCAGGAGCCGGAAGCCUUGAAAAAAAGGCCACUUCAUAUUUUUCAAUAAAAGCCUUUCUUUUUUUU